UUCUCUCGGAAAUAUAUAUAUAAGCAGUUACGCUUGAUAAAUAUAGUUGUAUAGUAUGAUUUCUGUAGCUUAAUUUUAUUGUAAGCAUGUCGGGCAUAAGAUUGCCAUGUGCUCUGAAAAUAGAAAAGGAUUUGAAGAGUUUGGCAUACGAUGGGAUAAUAGUGAUUGUUACCUCAGAUCUAGAGGCACCUAACUAUGAUGAGCUAUUUAAAGAGUAUUUCGUCUCAUCAGCGAAGAUUGAUAAAGCUGUGAACUCUGAAGUGACAGUGUUUCCAUGUGACCUGCCAGCUGGACGUAUCAUAAGUGCACCCACUGGACCACUCAGUAAUGAUUAUGCCGAUGUCCGGAGUUUCUCAGAUGCAGCCAAGAAAGGAAUUUUAAGGGCACUGAAGGCAGGUGUCAAGGCUCCGCUUCUACUGCUGCCUUCACAUCCAUCAUUCCGACAGAGUGAACUGGUAACCUUGCUUGGAGCACUGGAAGCGCUGUAUGUGAAUCUCCAAGUACGUGAAGAUCUGCCAGAUAAGGCUCAGAAGAUCAAGGUGCUUGGAGUCUAUAGUGCAGAUUCCAACAAUUUGGCAAGAAUUGUUGAAUUGGCAACAGCUCUGGAAAGCGGCAGGUCUGUCGCUCGUGAUAUUGGUGGAGCUGAUCCAGAGAGAAUGGCGCCUCGUAAGGUUGAGGAGUACAUUCGUGAAGUGUUUAAAAACACCGAUAUAAAGAUAGAAGUGAUCAGUGAUCUUGCACUUCUGAAAGAGGAAUAUCCACUGUUUGUAGCUGUUGAUAGGGCUGCAAGAAAUAUUGAACGACAUCAUGGGCGAAUUGUGUACUUGACGUAUGAACCCAGCUCUGGCAGUGUGGAUAAAACCUUAUACUUGGUUGGCAAGGGGGUGACCUAUGACACGGGAGGAGCUGACAUUAAGGCAGGAGGAGUCAUGGCGGGCAUGUCGCGAGACAAAUGCGGUGCUGCAGCAGUGGCUGGGUUCAUGCAGGUAUUGUCAGUCUUGAAGCCACGUGGUAUAAAAGUAGUAGGAGCCCUACCUCUUGUGCGAAAUAGUGUAGGUGAGGACUCCUAUGUGGCUGACGAGGUGAUCAUUUCACGCAACAAGUUGAGAGUGCGGAUUGGUAACACAGAUGCUGAGGGCAGGAUGAUCUUGGGUGAUGUAUUGUGUAAGAUGAGAGAACUUGCAGAAAAAGCCAUUAAUCCGCAUCUUGUUACAAUUGCCACUUUAACUGGACAUGCUGUGCUCACUGUGGGAACGGGAUAUUCAAUUGUAAUGGAUAACGGACCAGCAAGGAAGUCAUUACAUGCACAACAGCUGCAGGCUGCUGGUGAAGAGCUAGGUGACAUGGUGGAGAUAAGCACUAUACGUAAGGAGGACAUCGCUUUCCACAGAGUUUGUUCCAGCAGUGCUGGUGUGCUGGUUUUAUUUCAAAACAGUGGAGACAGUGAUGGCACAGGUAAAGGAAUGGGUGAUGAUGUAUUUCAAGCCAACAACUUGCCUUCCACUAGGACACCUCGUGGACAUCAAGGACCUGCCGGAUUUUUGAUGUUGGUGUCUGGACUUGAUAAGCAUGGAUCAGAGUCUAAAACACCGUUGAAAUACUCACAUCUUGACAUCGCUGCUUCUGGUGGGGACCUCCCAAAUGAUGCCACUGGUGCCCCAAUUUUGGGACUUGCUGGCUUGUACUUAAAGGACCGUUACUGAUUUGUCAUCAUAUGUAAUUUACUCAGUGGACCACUUUCAUUUGGUAAAGUGUAUAAGCUGUGUAUGGUGCUAUUUAUCCUGGGUUCCAGAAUUUGUUUUACCCAACUGUGUGUUUCUACGCUCGUCUUUGACACUGCAAUUACAGCAGCCUUGCAGCGUUCUCAAGUAGGUAGUAGCGUGGGGAUUUAUGUAUCUUUCAAGCAGCCUUAUUUUACACUGUUGUUUCUAGUGUUGUUUAUUGUGCCCAAGGUAUGUAAAUUGCACUUUGCAAUAUAGUUUGGUACUUAUGACUAGCCCUCUACAAAGUAUACUUGCAGCUAAUCAGUUUCCAAAUACAGUGGAACUCUCAUUUAAUGUUCUUGAUUGAAGGUUGUUCCUUCUUUGAUAUUCAGUUUCAGUUAUCCAUCAACACUAAUCAUAGAAUUAUAUUUCUUCCUUUUAAGAUUUUCCUGAGUUUAGGUUCCAAUCUGCUAUUGUGUGAGGAAACCUUAAAAGGGGUUUUUUGUCAUAUAAUUCCCAAUUUUUGUUUGUGUUACUGAAAUAGCAGUGUCUGUUUAUACAUGUAGAUGUGAGUCAAAAUAUAUGCUGUAAUCAAAAAUAGCCAUUCAUUUCCAGAGAUAUAGAAAAUUGGUUUAUUGUACCCUUAAAAAAUGUGAUCAGAAUUAUCUGUUCCAAGUAAUUGCACACUUCUGAAAUAUGUUCUUAGCAACUCCGUGGGGCGAGCAGUUUUCUUGAGGAACUAAUUAUCACUCAACUAUUUAAAUAAAACAGUCCAUCACUUUGUUCAAAAAAAUGAACUGCUGGACCUUCUCCUGAGCCAGUUAAAUCCAGUUCAUAACCUCAAACCAUGUUCAUCUAUGAUUUCUCAUAUUAUUGUUCCUCCCAUCUGUGUCUAGGUCUCGUGAGUGGGUUCUUCCUUUCAGGUCUUUUGCCUGAUGUUUUUUAUCUCUUAAAAAUACUGUGAAUCUUGAUAAUGUAUAUGUAUAGACUUUGGCUUUCAUAUGGAAACUGCAAUAAAGCCUGUAUUAUUAUUAUUUGUGCACUAUCUUGUGUUCCAGUUAAAAUAUGUUGCAGCAUGGGAUGACAGAGAUUAUGGAAACUGAAAUUAAAUACAGAUAUGUUUAAUAAUGCUGACAUUAUAAUUAUAUUUAUGAAUUUCAUAUACAGUGGAACUCCACAUUUAAUGUUCCUCAGUUGAGGUUUUCCCUUAUUUAGCAUUGAGUUUCAUUGAUUCCUAGUCUUCUGUUAUCUCAGUUAUAAAUUACUUCCAUUUAGGAUUUUCUUCAAAUUAAUGUUCAGAUUCACUGCUCCCAAACAAACCUUAAGUGAGGGUUUCACUGUACUAUAUAUGUCCAGUAUGCAAAGAGUUCUUACAUUUUUAACAAGACUUUUCAUUUAUAUUAUGGUCAGAUUUUCUGACUGAAGUUUAUAUCUGAAAAUUGAUACUUCCUAUGGCUCAUUUUGUUGCCAGUAUCAAUUUGUAACAUAGGCUGAAAUCUGUGUCUCCACUUGGUAUUAAAUGGGGUUCAGUGCUCUAUAUUCAUACCAAUAUAAUGUAAUGGUCCAAAGAGUAUACUACUGGCAAGUUACUUAUUUUGAAAUAUUUAUAAUGGGAUAUAGGUAUUUAUGUGGUAUCAUGCUUGUUUUCUUUGUAUAUUUUGUUAAAUGUUUUACAAGAGGCUGUGUAAAUCUUUCAGAGGUCUUCAAUAUGGGGCAAACAGUACUUCUUUAUCUUUGUGAAAGGAUAACCUUUUACAUAAUAUGUACUUGAAAAUUUGUAAUGAAUUUUGUAAGAAUAAAAUAUAGUUAAUCUGUUCAUGAUAUAAA